AGGUAACGUGAUGACGUGUCAUGUAGUGCCGCGCGUCCCUCCAGUAGCUCUGGUGCCUGUAUGCUAGUUUGUGUAUUUUCAGAAGAAAUCGGUAAAUUUCCGUCCUUUUGUCGGUGUAAACUGCACGAGACAGUCUAGAGAAGAGCCGAGACUCACCUGGUGUCAUUCAACAGGACGAUCGAACACAGGAGGAGGAGCAGGAGGAGGAGCAGGAGGAGGAGCAGAAGGAGCACGCUCUGCAGCAGCAUGAAUCUCGGAUCUAAGAGUAAGAAGCGGGUGGUCCUGCCCAGCCGUCCCGAGCCCCCCACAGUGGACCAGAUCCUGGAGGACAUCGACAGAGCCCCUCCUAACGACCCGGUGUACAGCAUCCUGGAGAAAACUGGACAAGACUCGUCUCGGCCGGUGGACAGCGAGGUGGACCGGCGGUUCCAGCAGUGCCGUGAGUACCUGGAGCUGAACGAGCAGCUGCAGGAGGCGCGCAGUCGGCUGCUGCGGCAGAGGGAGGAGCUUCGUGCGGCGGGGGAGCAGCUGCGGAGCGACGUGGCAGAGGUCAAAGGUCAAACACUCUAACUGUUGAGACGUUUCUUCUUCUGCGUCUCGGACUCUGACCGACUUUCCCGCUGCGGAGCGGCCGGCAGGUCUCACGUGCACAGGUGACCCCUGACCCCUGACCCCUGACCCCACAGCUGAAGUGUGUGUGUGGUGUGUCAGUGAGGUCAGGCUUAUUAUUAUUACUAUUUGUAGUUAACCAUUUAUCGAACAAAAUAUAGCCGAGAAUGGUGUUGAAAAGAUUUUCUCUCCUGUCAUCAGUCAGUAAAAACUCCCAAAAAUCUUCUAAAAUGAGGGAAAGCAAAGUAACUCCUGAAACCUGGAUUCACUUCAGACGCUUUUCUCAAGUAUUUACACCUUUAAGAUCAGACGUCUCUGAAAAAUAUGGAAGAAAAAGGUAAUCGGCAACUUUGUUUUAAAUGUUCCUGCAAACUGCAAAGUGUGAAAAAAGAAAACAAUCACUUCAUUCAUUAAAUUAUUGA